AUGCAGUCCCACACAGAGCCCCCGCAGACACUGCUCUCCGCCAUCCAUCCCUUCACCUCCCCAGACCUCCUCUCCGCAACAUCUCUCCACCCCUUCUCCUCCACCGCAGAAAGCGCCAUCGCCGACCUCCGCGACCUCCUCCAAACCACCGACACCAUCGCCCACACAACAAAUGUCCUCCUCAACGCCCCCGCCAUCAAUUCAAAAACAGUAUCGCUCCUGCGCCAACACACCGCAGCUCAACACGGUCUCCACCUUACUAGCCAAUACGUCCGCCAGACCCUCGCUGCCUCCCGCACCCGCGCUGCCUACGGCGAAGACGUCCCCCUCGACCGCACACAGAUCGCAGACUGGUGCGUCGCCCACAUCGGCCAGUGGGGCGCCACCGUCGGCAUGGAAGCCUUCCCCGAAGCCGAGAGCGCCGGCCGCCGCACCCUCGUCCUCGGCGGCAAGGUCCUCGUUCUCGACAUCGAGUUUGCCCUCCGCCCCUGUGCAGACGUCGUCGGCGUGCGCACGUCCUACGCAGUCCCGAACGGCGUCGCAGGCGGCAAUGCCGCCGGGUCCGCAUCGCUGGACGGCUUUUUGGUCGACGCCUUGAAGGCCUGGGUGACUGAGGUCCAGCGCUCCGACCACGAGGACCCUGCGGGCGAGCUCGAGAUCAACGGAGGAAGCGGGAUCACCACCGCGAGGUUUGGAAAGGAGGUCUCGGAGAGUUUGAGGUAUCUGAUGCGGUUGGAUCGCUUUGCGAGCAGGGAGGGUGACUCGGGGAUCCGGUGGUUCAAUGACAUCGAUACCUUGGGCGGGACGUUGGAGCGCCUCGCGCAGGCCGAGGCGCGCGCCGUCGCGAGCUCGCUGUCCCUCUCUGAAACACCCCUCGACAUCUUCCUCCUGCGCGCCCAUGCACUGCCGCUUCCAUACCUGACAUCCCCAUCGCUCACCUUCCUCGUCCACCUCUCCCCGCGCACGUACCUCUCUCUCCAACGUGCCUCUUCGCCCCUCCGCACAUCUGCGCCUCCACCAUCCGCGUCUCUCCCCGCUAUCAACAUCCCCUACGCCUACCUCCGAUCCAUCUUGGCCUCGCACACCCCUCCGCCAGGGACCGCCCUCGUCACCCUCUCUCUCCGCCCACUCAAAACAUACGUGCGGCCUCCGCCCACAUCCGACCUCCCCAUCCUCUCCUCGCGCCCAAAAUUCCCGCUCCUCCCCAACACAGCCGCGUUCGACCACAUGUUCCCCGUCGCCAUGAACAUGGAAGGGCAGUGCGCGUGGGUGCUCGAUUUCACUCUCGGCGGGCGCAUGCCGGGAAUCGUGAUGAGCCAGGCGCGCAUGCGCGAGAUCGAAGCGGUCGUGAACCCGUUCAGCACGAUCCGAAACCUGCAGGGCGGCGGCGGGAUGCUGUCCUUCACGAACGGGAGCUGGGUGGACAUGCUGCUCAACCCCGCGAACCCGAUAUCGCCAGAGCGGUACACGGCCGUCUACACGUCCCCGACGGGCCUGCACCCGCCGCUGCACCUAAGCCUCGCAGCCCCCGACGAACCGGGAUUCAUACUGGAGCACGUGCAAGUCUACAACAUGAAGGAAGUCUGGAGCAUCCUCGAGAUCGUACGAGAGCAGUGCUGGCUCAACGAGGCGCUGACCGGGUGCCAGUGGAGCACGGAAGGCCUCUUGACCGUGCCCGAAGAAGAAGACGCGCGCGACGACCAGGUCACCGACAGCGACCUGCAAGCCAUCCUCGACGGCACGUUCACCCCGCUCAAGAUCCCGGUCACCGUCUACCUCCCCUCGACGCACCCGCCCUCAGCCGACGACGACCUCUUCGGCCCGCCCCUCGGCCCGGACGCGUCCGCGCUCGGCCCCGGCCCCGGCCCCGCGCCGCCGCGCAUCGUGAUGACGCUGCCCGAGCGCCCGCCGAUGUCGGGCAUCGUCGAGGUGUCGGUCGCGCACGACGCCGCGCGCGCGCGGGGCGUCGCGGUGGACGUGCGCGGGGCGAUGGGCGCGGAGAUCGAUGGGGAGAGGAUGGAGGAGGCGGUCAGGCGCGGAGGCGUGUUUGGGCUGCCGGGGCGGGUGUGGGCGGCGCAGGUGGGUGGGUAG